AUGAAGAUUGAUAAUUUUGAUGACCUUGUUGAGGUAUUUCUUGAUUAUCGUAUUGAAAUUCUGGCCAAGUGUUUUAACCCUUGGACUGGAUGGAAACAUUGGUUGGAGUCAACGAUAGGUUUGCUUGAGGAUCCACAGGAAAAGUACUCAACAAGGGAUGAUGAGAAUGAUUUUCAGACCUUUGAGGAGUUUGUGAAGGAAGAACUUAAUUCAAUUGGUGAGCAUGUGGAGUUUUGCAUGGUAAAUUUGUACACUCACUUACCAACUUCUUGCAUUUCACUAAAGGUUGUGACGGACAUGAUUGGAGCUUUGGAUUUGCUCAAUUCUCUUAAAUCUUUACUGCGUGAGGUUGGUUUUGCUAAUGAAAGGUCACAAUUAGUUCUAAAAGAUUGUCUUCAUAAACUGAGGUCACUUCGUAAAUUUUCUGUUCCUAAUUUAAAAAAUUUGGAGAAAAUAAGGAAAUUCUGCUUGGCAAAUGCUUCCUUAAUAUUUUGCACCGUGUCAAGCUCUGCUAAAUUGCAGACGGAGAAAAAGGCACCCCUGGAUUUGUUAGUGAUUGAUGAAGCUGCUCAGCUUAAAGAAUGUGAAUCAGCAAUUCCUUUUCAACUACCUGGUCUUCGCCAUGCUGUUCUCAUAGGAGAUGAGAGGCAACUCCCUGCUAUGGUUAAAAGCAAGAUCACCGAGAAGGCUGGUUUUGGAAGAAGUUUGUUCGAAAGACUUCUACUGUUGGGACAUGAAAGGCACCUUCUCAAUGUCCAGUAUAGAAUGCAUCCAUCAAUCAGCUUAUUCCCAAAAAGGGAGUUUUACAACAACCGGAUAUUAGACGGUCCAAAUGUCAAGCAAGGAAGCUAUGAGAAGUGCUUUCUUUCAGGAAAAAU